CUUUAUGGGAUCGUCUUCGAAAAGAGAGGUUGUACGUGUUUUGGUUGGAGUAUCUCGUGAUUUUCCUCAAUUUUCACACAGAAAUCAAACGACUACACGCGAUGGGAGGCUGGCAAUUGGAAGUGGCCAAGAUGACCAUGUACAUCUUCUUCCCGGUGGCUCUCUUCCACUAUUUCAACCAGCCAGAGUACUUUGAGAAGUGGGUGACAAGCACAAGGAGAGAACUCUACCCUCCCGAAGAUCCAAAGCAAAUUGAAGAGAUUAGGAAGACCAUCAAGAGCAUCCGGGCGAAGCACGAGAAGGAACAGAUUCAAAAAGCUCUCGAGGAGAUUGAGAAGAAGGAGAAAAAUGCUGCUUAGUGUCCUCAAUUGCUGCA